UGUGGAAGCUGUUAACUUCCCAAGGUCUGGCAGAGUUUAGUAUUCUGGGCAGUAGUUUCGCCCGGCUCCCUCCCUGCACCAGGCCUCUAUGUGACAACAACAACAACACCCACACCGCCAGAGAAAAAUGCUACGACUGCUGGGCACAGACGACUACGAGGUGGGCACCAGGAUCAAGGGCAUCAACGCCCGCACCAUCUUCACCCUGGCCCUGGGUGCUGUCGGGUUUCUUCUCUUAGGAUUUAUCAUAGGAUGGUUGGCAAAAUCCAGUGGAAGCUCCAAUUCUUCUCAACUGUCUCAAAAUAUGAGGAAAGAAUUUUGGGAUGAAAUGAAGGCCGAAAAUAUCCAACAUUAUCUCUACAAUUUUACUCGGGUCCCUCAUUUGGCCGGGACAGAAGAGAAUUUUCUUUUUGCUAAACAAAUCCAAACUCAAUGGAAGGAAUAUGGACUGGACAAUGUAGAACUAGCUCACUAUGACAUUCUGCUGUCAUACCCCAAUGAAUCGAAUCCCAACUACAUCUCUAUCGUAGAUGAGCAAGGACGAGAGAUAUUCAACACGUCUUUAUUUGAGCCCACGCCGCCGGGAUAUGAAAACGUUACAGAUGUUGUCCCACCAUUCAAUGCAUAUUCAGCAUCUGGGACACCAGAGGGAGAUCUCAUUUAUGUGAACUAUGGGCGGACAGAAGACUUUUUCUAUCUCGAGCGGGAGUUGAAUAUUAGUGUUCAGGGGAAGAUUGCAAUUGCAAGAUACGGAAAAAUCUUUCGAGGCAACAAGGUCCACAAUGCAGAAAAAGCAGGAGCCAAGGGAAUUAUCCUGUAUUCUGAUCCGGCUGAUUACUGUGCUCCGGGUGUUGACCCCUAUCCAGAUGGUUGGAACCUGCCAGGUGGUGGUGCCCAACGUGGUAAUGUCCUGAAUCUAAAUGGAGCCGGGGACCCUCUAACACCAGGUUAUCCUGCAAAAGAAUAUACCUACAGAUCGGAUAUAAAAGACGGUGUAGGACUUCCUAAAAUCCCAGUCCAUCCUAUUGGCUAUAAUGAUGCUGUGGCCUUACUACGAAACAUGGGAGGAGCUCCAGCCCCAAACAGCACCUGGAAAGGAAAUCUGAACGUGUCUUAUAACAUCGGACCCGGCUACUCUGGAGACAGUGUGACCCAAAAGGUCAGAAUGCACAUCCAUUCCUACAGCGAGAUAAGAAGGGUAUACAAUGUUAUAGGAACCAUCAAAGGCGCGGUGGAGCCAGACAGAUAUGUCAUCCUUGGGGGCCACAGGGAUGCCUGGGUAUUUGGAGGGCUUGACCCACAAAGCGGAGCAGCUGUAGUAAAUGAAAUUGUCAGAAGUGCUGGGAAAUUGAAAAGACAAGGUUGGAGGCCAAGGAGGACGAUGAUUUUUGCCAGCUGGGAUGCAGAAGAGUACGGGCUCUUAGGCUCUACAGAGUGGGUGGAGGAGAAUGUUAAACUACUUGACAAAAGGGCGGUGGCGUACAUCAAUGCAGACUCCUCUGUGGAAGGGAACUAUACAUUGAGAAUUGACUGUACGCCUUUACUAUACCAGCUGGUGUACAGUUUGGCAAAAGAGAUCCCCAGCCCCGAUGACGGCUUUGAAGGUAAAUCCCUCUAUGAAAGCUGGCACCAAAAGAAUAACUGGACAGACUAUAAGGACGCUCCAAGGAUAAACAAACUGGGGUCGGGAAAUGACUUUGAAGCAUUUUUUCAGCGGCUCGGCAUUGCGUCUGGAAGAGCUCGGUAUACAAAGAACCCGAAAGAGGGAAGAUAUAGCGGCUACCCCGUUUACCACAGCGUCUACGAGACCUAUGAGAUUGUGGAUAAAUUCUAUGACCCCCUGUAUAAAAAUCACCUGGUGGUGGCCAAAGUACGAGGUGGGCUUGUCUUCGACCUGGCCAAUGAGGUGGUAAUCCCCUUCAACACCCAGGACUAUGGCGAUGCCCUGAAAAAUUACGCCAAUGUCGUACACAACAUAGCACAGAAACACAAACUGCAGAUGGACACCUAUAAUGUCUCUUUUGAGUCACUAUUUUCUGCUAUUGAAAAUUUCACAAAGUCUGCGGCAUCAUUUCAGGCACGGUUGAAAGAUCUUGAUGUGACAAACCCAAUAGAAGUUCGGUCUGUGAAUGAUCAGCUCAUGUUCUUGGAGAGAGCAUUCAUUGACCCUCUGGGAUUACCUGGACGUCCCUUCUACAGACACAUCAUCUAUGCUCCAAGCAGUCACAAUAAGUAUAUGGGGGAAUCUUUCCCUGGGAUCUACGACGCACUCUUCGACAUCGAGAACAAAAGUGACCAGCGCUCGGCCUGGGAGGAGGUGAAGAGGCAGAUUUCUAUAGCCACCUUCAUGGUCCAGGCGGCCGGGCAGACACUGGAGGAUGUGUUAUGAUUAUAAUGUACAUAGGAUAUUUAUAUAAUAAGCUAAUGAGACAACAUUUCACAAGAUCCUGAUUCUUUACUCUGUUUUAUUUUAUUUUAUUGACUUUCAGCCAUAAUACCAUUCACCUGAAAAACUGAUUGGGACUUAAAGGGACACUAACCUUAUUGUUUAUGGUCACGAUCGUAUAACAAGAUUGUAUGUAAAUAUCAUGAAGCAGAACCAGUCCAACACGUUAUUAUAUUUUUAACACAUCCUGUUCCAUUAUUCUGUCUUAUUAAUAGAGGGUUGUUAAAGGGGUUACCUAACAUAAGGUGACUUAAGUAAUUGUCAUACAAUAAUGGACAUGCUUACCAAGGAUCUGUGCUGGUGUUGGUGGUAAAUGGCCAUGUCCUGUGUCUCCCAUUAUGCUGCUGGGUUGUUUUAGGGAACUGGCUACUUCCUGUUUCUGUGGCCUCCCUCAUACUAUAAUCCCCAGGAUCCUGUGUUUUAAGGAGGUAGGUGACAUAUUUUCCUCCCACACAUUGGUUGCCCCACCCAAUACAGCACAACCUGACACACAAGCUGUGGAUGUGUGUGAGGACGCAUGCACGCACAUGUGCGCUGGUAACAUCAUCAGGGGGCUGGCGUCAUUAACCCCAGAUGAAGCAGUGAAGCCCCCUUUCAGCACCUUACCGACUUGUGAUGUAUUGUCUCGGGCCGCACAGCAAGCUGGGAAAGGUCCGAGACCACACUCAUUUUGUAGGCUGCAGAAAAUGAACUUCUGGGAAAAAGAAAGACAAAGUAUUAUGCUUGUUAGUGUAAAUGCAAGAUUUGCUAAUUUUGGUCCAAAAAGCGGAAUACAAAUGAUCAUAAGGUAGCAUGUAUCACAACACUUGUAAAAA